AUGUCUGACUUUACCAUUACCAACCCUGACUUUACAGCAACUAUUACCAACUCUGUAGAGCUUAUUGCUACCUCAUUUGGAAGUGAAGAAUUUAAAGAAAUUAAAAAGAUUAGAUACGAUGUUUUUGUUGUUGAGCAAAAGUGUCCUGAAGAUGAAGAAUGGGAUGAAUAUGAUGAAAAGGCAACUCACUAUUUAUUAAGAGUCAAUGGAGAAGCUGUUGGAUGUGCCAGAUCUAGACAAAUAUAUUAUCCAGAUUAUGAAGGUAAAUUGGAUACACAUGUUCUUAAACUAGAGAGAUUCGCUGUACCACAAAAUCAUAGAGGAAAAAAUCAUGGAGGAGAACUAGUCAAGCGUACAAUCAAACAAGUUUACAAAGAAACCAAAGACAAAAACUACCCAUUAUAUAUUAUCAAUGCACAACAAUACGUUGAAAAGUUUUACCAAAAGCUUGGUUUCGAAACUGAUCAAUCUAUACCAAUCUUUUAUGAGUGUGAAAUUCCUCAUGUUCGUAUGAUUAUCACUGCUGCAACUGUUUCUUCACAACAACAACAACAAUAA